AUGAUGAUCCCAAGCGUUAUUGCGCCUCCUGCCUUCUACCCCGGGCUGUACCGGCCCGCCGCGGCUCUCCCGCUCCACCAGACCCUGCCGUCGGCCUUCCAGACCCACUCCAGCUUCUUGGUGGAGGAUCUGCUGCGGAUAAGCCGUCCCGCCGCCUUUAUAAACCGGACUGUCCCGUCAGCGAGCGCCUCCGUGCCAACAGCCACCACCACCGUGUCCACCGGCGGCGCGCCGGAGCGCACGGUAGCGGCGGGUACGGGGACGCGCGAAUCGUGCUCACCUAAAACAUCGGUGCCGAACAGCAAGGACCCGAGUUUUCUCAAGUUUGGAGUGAACGCCAUCCUCGCACCCUCACCAAAGACGGCGUCCUCACCCCCUGCAGUCCACAGUCUGAACACCAAGACCUUCCCCAUCCCCUGCUUUGACGCAACCUUUCAUCCCAUAUUCAGGGCGCCUUAUUUACCAGCAUCUUCAUCCGUUGUUCCAAUCCCGGGGACUUUUUCGUGGCCCUUGGCAGCCAGAGGAAAACCCCGGAGAGGGAUGCUGAGGAGGGCGGUGUUCUCCGACGUGCAGCGCAAAGCCUUGGAGAAAAUGUUUCAGAAACAGAAAUACAUCAGCAAGCCCGACAGGAAGAAGCUGGCAUCUAAACUUGGCCUAAAAGACUCGCAGGUAAAAAUUUGGUUUCAGAACCGACGGAUGAAAUGGAGAAAUUCCAAGGAACGAGAGCUGCUGUCAUCCGGUGGAUGCCGCGAGCAGACGCUGCCCACCAAAGCCAACCCGCACCCGGACCUCAGCGAUGUGGGCAAGAAGUCCUCAGCCGAGGACGAAGAGGAAGAGGAAGAAGAAAAGGAGUUCGGAACAGAGAGAAUGAGGGCGGCAGGUUCCACCAUCUCCUCUCCCUCCCUCUCCAGUAAGCACUCGGAUUUCUCGGAGUCAGAUGAAGAGGAGAUAACAGUAUCUUAA